AGUCCGAAUGGUGUUUCAAUUUCGCGGUCAUUCGUAACUGAAGUUCGCCCAAUGGAGAUCGCUAGACGUCUCCGACUUCUAAGACUAACCGCCUAUGAUAUAAUUUUUUGUUACGAAGACCUUGGAUCACUUUGCGAUUGUGCUGGAAGAGGAUGUACUGUAACGGUGGCAACUCCACAGCGAGUAAAAGCCAUGGCAAGAAUUCGGAGAAACUCACAUCGGAGCAUCAGAAAAAUGUCAGAGGACAUGAAAAUCAGUCGCCGUUCAAUGGGACAAAUAGUAAAAGACCAUUUAAAAUUGGCUAUUUAUCGUGGGAGAAAGACGGCGAUUCUCUCAGUGGCCACCGUCAAGAAAAGACUGGAAAGAUCGAAAAUUCUCCUCCGCCGUACGCGCACUGAUGAAAAUUUAGUGACUGUUUUUCCGACGAAAAAUUUUUAUGAAGCAGACGGACCGUCAUCGCUGGACCUCAACCUAUUGGAUUAUUCCAAUUGAGGGGUUUUGUAGGCAAAGGUCCAUACCAAACCUCACUUAAGUAUCGAGGCUCUACAGAAGAUCUUGAUCGAGGAAUAGGGCGAUUUGUUGGAGGAGGACCUGCGUACAGUCAUCGAUGCCUACCCGCGACUUCAUCGAGCUGCCAUGGCUAAGAAAGGAGGUCGCAUGGAGCAUGACUAA